CUUCGCAGUCGUUCGGGAGCACGGGACCCUCCUGGCUUCCCGCUGCCACCGAGUCACGACGUGUAAUUCCUAAAUAAAUAAUCGUCACAUCACCGCCAACCUCAGCCGCCGAUCCAAGCGCCAGUCGAUAAGAUAUAGCCCGCGUACAAACACUUAAACUUUGUAAUGAAAAUGUGAAAACUCGCGAACGAGAUAUGUCGAAAUCUUUGGAUGAUAUACCUAAGAAGUACGCGGAAGAGGAGUCAAACAUGGACGAGGACAGUGAAGAACCAGAAGGAUGCUACCGAAGAAUGAUUGUUUGGUUGCGGAUCAAUCCGAAUCUCAUAAUGUUGAAAGUGACUUUAUUUGUGAUGUACGGGGCAACGGCGUCUCUCUUGCCUUAUUUGACAAUACACAUGCAGAGUAUAGGUCUAACUGUGCCAGAAAUUUCUUUUGUGUAUUUAGCAUUACCAUUUACUACAUUUUUAAGUCCACCUAUAACAGGUUUUCUAGUCGAUCGCUUCGGAGAGUACAAACCAGUAGUAAUUACAGCCCUCAUAUUGAACGCAGCUUUUCACCAUUCGCUGCUUUUGAUUCCACAUCAAGAGACUCCAGGAGUGAUGCCGUCAGCUUACGUUAUGCGACAUCCUAUUAAAAGGAGCGUUGAGAUUUGGUGGAGUCCAUGUCCUAGUAGAGAAUGUCCUGAUGAGGAUGAACAAGUGGACUUCGUUCUUGACAGAUGUGUUGACCACUGCAUGUUAUCAAGACCCACUGAGAGACCAUCGAGUGAUCCAGCUGAUGAUAAAGACGAUCUCGAUUUUCAUAUUUCACACAAGAUUCAUCCACCGAAUCUUUCCAACACCAGUUUCCUUAAUAUUACUGAUGAUGACGAAGAUUAUAAUGAUGCAGCAUUCUUUUUGAUAGAAGUACACGACGAUUUAGGCGAACCAAAAGAACAACUUGGAAUCGAAAUGGAAAGGGACGACAAUGAUACAGUAACAGAUUUCAGAUCAAGGUUUGGCGAGAAACUUCUCCUUGCUCAAGGAGUAAAUAUUACCGCGCUUGAUAAGGAAGAUUUGAGAUGUGGCGGUCUCGUGAUGCUGCACAAUAUGACCAAACUUUCGCAACAGCGUCUUGAAACCUUAUCAGCUGACUGCAUGGUGCAAAAAUGUGACUUUAGGAAAGGUGGCCCGGAUAUAUGUCCCCCAGAUUACAAGGAGAGCGAUGAUAAAACAUUUUACAUUUACUUCUUUCUACGUUUCAUGGGAACUAUUAUGUUAUCAGCCGGGGUAACGAUUAUGGAUCCAAUAGCUUUAACGAUGAUUCAAAAAUAUGGUGGUGAUUUUGGCAGAGAGAGAUUGUUUUCAAGUAUUGGGAUGGCAAUUUUCUCCCCUAUAACUGGCAUGCUCAUAGAUAUGAGAAGUAAACAAGUCGGCUACACGGACUAUUCAGCAGCUUUCUAUACUUAUGACGUAUUGUUGUUGAUAUCAGCCAUCACCGUCGCUGUGAUGCCCCUCGGAGCGAAGUUGCCAGCUGAUAAUUUGCUACACGAUUUAGUGAACAUAAUUAAAAUGCCCCACAUAAUUAUAUUCAUAUUUUUCCUUUUCGCUCUUGGAAAUUUUUGGGGCUUCAUUGAAUCGUAUCUCUUUUUAUAUUUAAAGGAACUCGGAGCACCCAACUUUUUACUCGGUAUAACGGUGACUGUGGGCACUUUGAGCAGUAUUCCCUUCCUGUACGGAGCUGACGCCAUCACCUCCCGCAUCGGCCACGUCAACGUCAUCAUCGUGGCCUUCUUCUCCCACGCAGCCAGACUAGUUGGUUAUUCGUUUAUAGAAAAUUCCUGGUGGUGUUUUCCUUUUGAAGCGAUGGAGUCACUGUCUGUCCAUUUGAUGUGGGUCGCCGCUGCUACGUACUGCGCGAUGUUGGCACCCAAAAGCUUAUUAGCCACAUUGAUAGGUGUCCUCGGAAUGGCACAUUUUAGCUUGGGUCGAGGAAGCGGCAGUUUUGGAGGAGGUCUACUGAUUGCUUCUUUGGGGACCAGAGAAGCGUUCCGUUAUAUGGGACUUAUAGCAUUCCUGGGCGGAGUUCUAUAUGGUCUUCUGCACUAUUUCUGGCUUAGAAAAAUCAACAUGAAGACUAUUCAUGACGUCUCUGAUCCAGAUACUGAAAGUGGCGAAGGAGACAAAUUGAAUGGCGAACCUCUACGCAAAGAUGCUGGUACUAUGGUGUCUUUGGAGAGACUCCAUAUAAUUACUCGCUUCAACCCCUUAGGUUCCUUACAUUCAUUAUCCAGAGGCUCUAGAGCAAGGCUUUCACAAGGUGAUAUAAACGAAUUGUGCCGUAGCCGUAGCGGGAGUAACAGCCAGAGACGCUGUAGCAAUAUUGAAAUAUCUCCCAAAACGCCACAAGGUUCCGCAUCUAAAGUUGAUCUCUUGAGAUCUGCGUUGGAGAUCAACCAUCACCAAGGCAGAGGGCAUAUAUCUAACCCUGUCCUGUCCAGUCAGAAUAGACCGACGCACCAAUAUAAGCUAGCAAACAGCGCCCCCAAGCUAACCCAACGCAACAACAUAUCCCAACCGGCGCUCUCCGAGUACGAUCGCCGGAGAGACUCCAUACCCGAGGAAGCUGAAGAGGACCGCCUCGCAUCGACACCGAAGCCCGCGAAGACAAAGAGUGACCACAUACCACCCCCACCCACUUACGACGAAGCUACGAGAGAAAAACGGAAAAGUUGGCACUCCGAUGAUAGCACGCCGACUUAGUCACGACGAAGGGAGUCUUAAUGCAAAUUUUUAAUUAGAUAUUUUAAAUACGUAAAUAUAACAUUUUUAAUAGUAACUAUUUGGUUUUAUAUCGAUGUGUUAAUUUUGGAAGAUCUUUUU